AUGUCAACAACCAGCCAAUCACGACCCGCUUACGUGGCGUCGCCUGACCUGGCGCCGGCUCCAGCUGGCGGUCUGGGAGCGCGCCGAGUGUGGGCAGACAGCGACACGUCAGCAGCAGCAGCAGCAGUAGCAGCAGCAGCAGUAGCAGCAGCAGCAGCAGUAGCAGCAGCAGCAGCAGCAGCAGCAGAACCGCUCGAUCAGUCAGCAUCACGGGCUAACACCAUCGGAUCGAAACCGGACCAUGCUUUGAACCCCUUCCCGCUCUUCAGCUCCUACGGAAACCGCAACAUCUCCUCGCACGGAUCCCAAGACUGGUCGCAGAUUCACCCCGAGCCAAAUGUCGUCCCUAAAAAAUCGGAACAGAAAAUGGAGGUCAUUGGAAGACGCUCUUUUGACGGCGGCAGGCCCGCAUCAGCUGGGAAAAGCCCUGGGGAUUCUCCUGGCGGCAAUCUCAAGAGCUGGAGGCUCGGGGAUGGGAGGCUCGGCGAUGGGAGGCUCAGCAGUGGGAGGCUCGGCGAUGGGAGGCUCGGCGAUGGGAGGCUCGGCGAUGAGAGGCUCGGCAAUGGGAGGUCCGGCGACGGGAGGUCCGGCGAUGGGAGGCUCGGCGAUGGGAGGUCCGGCGACGGGAGGUCCAGCAAUGGGAGGUCCGGCGACGGGAGGUCCAGCGAUGGGAGGUCCGGCAAUGGGAGGUCCAGCGAAGGGAGGUUCGGCCAUGGGAGGUUCGGUAGCAGCAGCUUGAUUGUGUACGAGAGGGAGAGUGAGGCGGGCAAGAGCAGUGGAGGGGAGGCGGGUCGGUUGGGGCCCCUAGUCCCGAGGAGCAGAACGAGAGACAGCAUAACGGACUAUGACCCGGCCCCUGUUGGCAGAACCGAGGCGACUCUUGAGGCGCCUCAAAAGUCGUUGCAGGUGUACGACCUUGCGCCUGCAAGCGGAGCGAUCUCCCUUGAAAGAGGGAGCGAGACGAGCAGGAGCAGGGGAGGGGAGACGGGCAGGCUGGGGGGUAUGGUUCAGAGGAGCAGAACGAGAGACAGCCAAACGGAGUAUGAAGGAGGUCCUGCUGGCAAGGUGACUAUUGAGUCGACUCAAAAGUCAGGCGUGAUGGUUCAGAGGAGCAGAACGAGAGACAGUCAAACUGAGUAUGAAGGGAGUCCUGCUGGCAAGAGCGAGGGCUUGCAAGCGUACGACCUUGCGCGUGUGAGCCGGAGAGAGGGCGGGAAAGCGGCGUAUGAGGGGAAGGCGGGGAUUGAGUUCAUCCCUACAGGCAGAGCGGUUUUGCAGAGGCGUGACACGGAUCCUGCAGAGAGAACAGAGCGCGUGCAAGCGGGUGACGCGGCGGGUUCGAGCAGAGGAAGGAACGGGCCGGAUUAUGGAAUGUCGGCGAUUAGCAACCAGAGCGGCGGGUUUCAGGGAGGGUUUGAGUCGACUCAAAGGCCGCCAGUUAUCAGCGCCCGGAACGGCGGGUUUCAGGGGGUGUUUGGAGGGGUGGAAGAGAAGGGUCAUUCCCAGGGCCGAGGCAGCAACAGCAGCGGCGGUGGCGGUGGCGGCGGUUGCGGUGGUGGCAGCAGCGGUGGCGGCAGCGGCAGCGGCGGUGGCGGCGGCGGCGAAGGCGGCAGCGGCAGCAGCGGAGCCGUCUCAGGCGCACAGGCGGACGAGGCAGGAGGCUUGUUGUCAGGUCUCUCCACAUCCACAGCGGAGUGCCGGCAGUUCUCCCCGGACCAGCUCGCCCGAGCCACCGACAGCUGGGCGGCGGAGAACAGGCUCGGCCGAGGCUCGUUCGGCACGGUGUACAAGGGCCGUCUCUUAGGCUGCAUGGUGGCAGUGAAACGGCUGGAAGGGGGCGGGUGGCAGGGCAGUGCGGAGUAUAGAAUGGAAGUGGAGGUGCUGUCUCGGAUGCGGCACCCGCAUAUAGUGCUGCUCAUGGGUCACUGCCCUGAUGAGAUGAGUCUUGUGUAUGAGUACUUGCCUGGAGGGAGCUUGCAGGAUUGCCUUGAUGCGAUUGCUGCUGGGAACAGCAAGGGUGGUGGUGUGGGAGGAGUGGGAGGGGCGGGUGGUGCGGGUGGUGCGGGUGGUGCGGGUGGUGCAGGUGUUGCCGGUGGUGUGGUUGGUGCGAGUGGGGGAGCGGGGAGCAGCCGGGGUGGGAGGAAACCGUUGACUUGGUUUGACCGGGUGAGAAUCUUAUCUGAGGUGGCCGGGGCGCUGAUGUACCUUCACCAGAACGACCCGCCCAUCGCGCACCGCGACUUAAAGCCCGACAAUAUUCUGCUCGAUACAAGCCUCGCCUCCAAAGUGGCCGACGUGGGCCUCGCGCGGUUACUCAGUGACGUGGAAAAUGUAACCGCACGGGUGAGAGGCACAGUGGGGUAUAUAGACCCUGAGGAGCUAGAGACUUGUGAGAUUUCGGUUCUUUCAGAUGUGUAUGCGUUUGGGCUGAUUGCCUUGCAGCUGCUGCUGGGGGAGCCGAAUGUGAAGGAGUUGCAUCGGAGGAUGGGGAAGAUACAGGAGUGGAUAGGGAGGAGCAUGGGUGCGGUAGGGUUGGGAGGAGUGGGCAUGCGUGGUGGUGGGUUUCAGACGGUUGAGAUGGACAGUACAAGGGUGCUGGCUAGGACUGUGGAGGAGAUAGUGAGGGAGGUUGAUGGUUCGGGGGGGCAAUGGCCCGUGCCUGUGGCUCGGAAGCUGACGGAGCUGGCGCUCCGGUGUGCGGUUCGGCAGCGGGAGGCUCGGCCGAGCCUGGUGGAGGUGGUGCAGCCGGCGAUGGGGGAGGUGAUGGAGGAGGCGGAGGGGGAGAUGGGGAAGCGAAGGAGGAGCUUCGACGAGCAGUGCAUGUGCCCGCUCUCGCAGAAGCUCAUGACAGACCCGGUGGUGGCAGCGGACGGCUUCACGUACGAGCGCAGCAGCAUCGAGCGCUGGCUGCUCUCCAACUCCGUCUCGCCGCGCACCGGCCAGCCCCUCCCCCACACGCACCUCACGCCCAACCACACGCUCAAGCUGCUGCUGCUGCAGGGGCACUAG